AUGUCUUUGCCUUCGUUCCCUUCACCCCCUGUCUCCGUCUCUCCAGUGGACGAGAAGUCCGAUGCCACAAACAAUAUCAACGUCUCAGGUCGUCUCCAUGCCCUGGAACAACUAGAGGUCCUACCCAAAAUGCUCCAGGAGGGAAUCCUCUUCGCAGGAUCUGGUGCGGCGCUGCUACUGCAAGCUGCCAUGCCCGCCAUCCGCGACGCGGGCCCCAACCAUGGCGGCCACAAGGAGCUAGCCGCCGAGCUCAUCGACGCUCUCCAGGCCAAUAUCAGCUACGUCUCCUGCUUGGUAUUUGGUACUCGCGACGAGCGCAAGGUCCUCAUCGAGCUCUUGCUGGAGGGUAAGCCGCCCCUGCUGGGCGGCGGUCGCUCGAAUCGUUUCGCUGAGCACCCGCCGCUGCAGUUGUGGAUGGCGGCGACGCUGUACGCGACCGCGACCGAUUUCUAUCAGCGUGUCUAUGGCCGCGUGGACUAUGCCAGUGCCCAGCGCGCAUACAGCGAGUAUGCCUUGCUCAUGAACUGCCUGGGUGUUCCCCCCGGUACCUGGCCGGAAUCCCGACAGGCAUUCUGGUCUUACUGGGAUGAUCAGGUCCAUCAAUUGACUGUCUCGUCGGAUGCGGCUCAGUUUGCCAAGGACCUUCGUGAAAGUAACGACAUGCCACGCUGGGUGCAGUCUUUGAAGCCUUUCUUGCGUGUGACUACGAUUGAGAUGCUGCCUCCGAGUCUGCGUGAUGCCUACGGUCUGCGCUCGACAGUUACCACUCGGGCCCUUUACCGCACCUGGAUGGGUUUCUCGGUCGCUCUUUAUCCGGCGAUGCCUGAUAAAUGGCGGGCAUAUCCUUUGAAAUUUUACCAGGAUCGGCUCAAGGAGAAGAUGGAUGGGAAAGAGGUUUAA